UUUAGUGUACUGUAGUAUUAAAUAAGGAGUAUUUGUAAUAACGUGCUACAUACAAAUAGAGGUUAUAAAAAGACGGUGUGAGCUACGGUUUGAUGGCACGUUAUUUAUUAUGUGUUUUUAUAACUGCUUUGUAUGCGGUCUCCGAACGAAUUGAAUUUGAUUUUGGGCGACUGAUUCUGGCACAGUCAAGUUUGUUCGCCGAAGCUGCUGAAGUUUUCACAAACGAUUUUGUUGUGGAAUUGAAACCAAAAUUAAAUGUUGAUCACGCAGAAGAAGUAGCAAAGAGAUUAGGAUUUGAGAAUCAUGGACCGGUGCCACACCAUGAAGAUCUUUAUCAUUUCCGUCACAACUCGCUGUCACAAGGAUCACAAAAGCCGAGCAUCCCACAUUUGUUCAGUCUUCAGUUAGAACCUAAGAUAAAAUCGGUGCGACAACUCCGAGGAUAUGACAGAAAUAAACGAGGUUAUACCAAGAAAAUACAAAGACGACAACAUGCUUAUAAAGGGCUGGAUCCUCUUUACGCCUAUCAGUGGUAUUUGAACAACACAGGACAAGCGGGUGGUGUUCCCGGUCUCGAUUUGAACGUGCAAGAAGCCUGGGAUUUGGGAUACACUGGUAAAGGCGUUACUGUUGCCAUCAUGGACGACGGAAUUGACUACAUGCAUCCAGAUUUGAGAGAAAAUUAUAAUGCAGAGGCAAGUUAUGAUUUCAGUGGAAACGAUCCUUAUCCAUAUCCAAGAUACACGGUGAAUUGGUUUAACAGCCACGGGACUCGUUGUGCAGGUGAGGUUGCUGGGAAAGCGGACAAUGGAAUAUGUGGAGUUGGAGUGUCAUAUGACGCUAAAGUAGCGGGAAUACGAAUGCUAGAUCAACCUUACAUGACUGAUUUAAUUGAAGCAAAAUCUAUGUCGCACAAGCCAGACAUGAUAGAUAUUUACAGCGCUUCUUGGGGACCUACCGAUGAUGGAAAAACAGUUGAUGGUCCAAGGAGACUGACUCUCAAAGCUAUGGCUGAAGGUGUGAAUAAGGGCCGUAGAGGUCUUGGAUCAAUAUACGUUUGGGCAUCCGGGGAUGGCGGAGAAUAUGAUGAUUGUAACUGUGAUGGAUAUGCAGCUUCCAUGUGGACGAUAUCAGUUAAUUCUGCAGUAAAUGAUGGAGAAACAGCAAUAUAUGAUGAAAGUUGUUCGUCGACAUUGGCAUCAACAUUUAGCAACAGCGGAAAGCAAAUUCCCGGAUCUGGUGUGGCAACAACAGAUUUGUAUGGUAAUUGUACUUUGCAUCAUUCCGGUACUUCCGCCGCAGCACCGGAAGCGGCAGGCGUAUUUGCUCUUGCUUUGGAAGCCAAUCCAGGACUGACAUGGAGAGAUGUUCAGCAUUUGACUGUUCUCACAUCAACAAGGAAUUCUCUAUUCGAUAAUCUUCAUAAAUGGCAAACGAAUGGCGUCGGCUUGGAAUUCAAUCAUUUAUUUGGAUUUGGCGUUCUAAAUGCUGGGCGAAUGGUAAAAAUGGCGCGAGACUGGACCAGCGUUCCAGGACGAUAUCGUUGCAACGCAGGAACGACAAAUCAACAAUACGCGAUUCCAUCUGAUGGUGUUUUGGAAAUAUCACUGAAAACUGACGCCUGUGCAGGACUGUUUAACCAUGUCAGAUAUCUAGAGCACGUUCAGGCUUUCAUAACUUUGGAUUCUACUCGUAGAGGUGACGUCACAAUCAAUCUAACUUCUCCAAUGAACACAAAUUCCCUUUUGCUGAGUAGGAGACCACGUGACGAUGAUUUCACACAAGGAUUCAAAAGUUGGCCGUUCAUGACAACUCAUACCUGGGGCGAAGAUCCGGCCGGAACGUGGAUAUUACGAAUUGCAUUCAAUGGAUAUUUACCUCAGCAAGGAGUAUUAAGGGAGUGGACGCUUCUACUCCACGGAACACAACAAGCACCUUAUAUUGACGAAAUUGUUCGAAACAAACAAUCAAAACUAUCAGUUUCUAAAAAACUUGAAAUGGAAGAAGGAGUUUUGCACGAUCUUGUCGAUGAACUAUCACGAACUGCAGCUGAAAAUGAAUUUUCACAUUAUUCUUCAACUUAGCAAUACUAUUUGAAGAAUUAUUCACACUUUUCAUUCAAAUAUAUAUCAAUGCUUCAGAUUAGUUCCAUAAUGUAAAAAAAAUUACGCAAUUAUGGCGAGAGAACUUGUAUUAUAAAAGUAUUUAGUAUUACUUCUUGUUUUAGCAAAUCACUAUCCCACCGCACUUUUGUUAUUAAGAUGAGUCGAUUUUAUGAUCAGUAAAAAGGUUUUAAUAAAAGUUCAAUUCUUUGGAA